AUGAAUCGGAAUUCAAAUAAUGAUACACAAUCUCGUCAUAGUGACUCAACAUCAUCAGAUUUCCGUUCACGCUAUUGGACAUUUUUGUUCGAUAAUUUAAAGCGAUCUAUUGAACAAAUUUAUCAAACAUGUGAAGCUGAUCAAGAUCCAUUACAAUGUCAAGAAAUUAUACAAUAUCUUAGUCAAUAUUGUAAAAAUUUCGAAAUACUCUUAAAAAAUUCUGACGAUAAAACUAAUCGAACCUAUCGUAGUUUAUCAUUAACCCUAUCAGCAUUUGAGAUAGAAAUAUCAUCUUUCAGACCAUUUGAACAUUCUCAAUCAAUAUGUAAUGAUGAAAUAUUUUCUUCAAAUGAUUUGUUACCUCGACAAAAACGUUUACAUAACAGUGAUAUAAAUUUAAAUGUAAAUAAUUUUCCAUAUUAUUAUUCAAACGAUAUAAAUCGAUUUAAACGACAAAAAUCUACGAAACAUCGUAGAACAACUGAAAGUUCAAGUUUACUUUCGUUACCAUCAUUAUUUUCAUCAGCUAUUAAUGAUUCAACAAUGACAUUAGUUCCAAAUACAGCAAAUCAAUUCUUUUUAUCAUCAAAACGUAUUUUAACAGAUGAAACAGCUGGUGAUGAUGCUGAUGAUGAAAAAGAUAUUCGAGAUGAAUCAAUUAAUGUUAAUCGACAUCAUCGAUAUCAUCAUCAAUUGUCAACAAGUCGUCUUAUACAGCAAAAUCUUGAACAUCAGUUAAAUAAUGUUAGUGAUGAUGAUGGAUCAGAAUUAGAAGAAAGUGAAUUAUCGACAACUAAAACGUCGAGUUAUUUUAUGUCAUUACCCGAUGAUCGUGAUGAAAAAGUUAUAAGUUCGAAUGAUCUUUUACGUGAUGAUAAUGAUUCUGAACCUGAUGGAAAAUCUCGAACAAAAAAUCUUCGUAUACAAAAAAAAUUUUCUUCACCAUCACGUAUUCGACCUAUUAAUGAAACCCUUCAUGAAGCAGCUGAACGUCAAGCACGAGCAUUUAAACGACGUCAAAUUUUACGAGAUGAAAGAGCACGAAAAAUGCGUGAAUUAACUCAACGGGUAAAUGAAGUUCGUCAAUGGAAAGAAGAAUUAAUUAAAGCACGUAAAGCAACAAUUGAAAUGAAAAUGCAUCGAGCAGAAGAAAAACGUCAAUAUUUAUUAUUAUUAAAAGCGAAAAAAGCUGGUGAUGAAGAUUUAAAAGGACAAGAAAUUGCAUUUAUUAAAUUACUGCAACAAGAAAAUCGUCGACAAACAUUAAAAGAACGUUAUCAAAAAGAAGAACAAUUUAAACAAUAUCUUGAAGAUGAACGUGUUCGGAAACAUGAUGAACAUAAACAACGUGAAUUAGCUGCAGAAAAUCGUCGAAAAGAAUUAGAAGUUUUACGACAAACACGUCUUAAUCAAAUGCAAGAAAAAUGGAAAACAAAAGAACGAAUGAUUGAACAACAUUUAAUUGAAAAACGUAAACAAAAACAAACAGCAGCUAUUGCUAAACAAAAAACUUUUCAACAAAAACGAGCUGAACAUGUUGCUUAUCUUAAAACGACAACUGUUGAAUUAAAGAAAAAAUUAGCAUUAAAACAAGAAGAAGGUACUCGACGUCACGUGACACAAAUUGAAGAAAUUCGUCGAAAAGCAACUGAAAUGAGUGUAUUACGUGGUCCAAGUGCUGAAGAUCAACAUCAUGUUUCCCCUACAAAUGAUAAUAAUAAAACAACAACAUCAGAAGAUAUAAUAGCAACUCGUAAAUGUUGUACAAUCUGUAAUAUUUUAUUAGCGUCUGAUCUUCAUUUACAUACACAUUUACGUGGUACACGUCAUAAUCAAUUAUUAGUUGAACGAUUAAAUCAAAAGAAUGAAAAUCGUAUGAAAAAACAAGCAACACAAGAAGAUAUUGAUACAUUCAAUACAGAAUGUAUUGUUACUGUUACUAAUGAUGAUAUUGUACGACAAGAAAUGGCUUUUAAUCGAGAACGAAAACAUACUAUGAAAAAACGAGCAAAAAAAUUACGUCUUCGAAUGACUCAACGUUCAACAGCAUAUGAAGCUGAAAAUGCUCAACGACCCUAUUUAACGUCAACUCAUAAAGCACGUAUUCAACGAUUUUUAAAUGAAUUAGAAAAAUCAUUAAAUACAACAACAAGAAAAGAACCAUUGAAUACAACAAAUUUUCUAGCAUGUCAACGAAUUCUUACUGAAUUUGUUAAAAUUUUUGAUAUACAUAGUUAUGAAAAGGAUUCACCCCUUGAACAACGUGUAUUUUUUAGUCUGAAUGGUUAUACAACAUUAACAAAAUUGAUUGAAUUACGUGCAGAAUGUCAUAAACCACCACUUGCACCUGAAAGUCUUAUUGCAUUAACUGUAUCAGUUUAUCGAGCGGCAACAAAUAAUAAUGUAGAUAAUGCACUUUAUAUAUUAAAUAGUGGUAAAAUUUUAAUACUUGUUGAAAGUUUAGUUCGACAUUUAACUGGUUUAAAAAUUGAUGAUUUAACAACAUCUAAUAAUGAUCAUCAAAGUGAAAGCGAAAAAUUAGCUCAAAUUGAUUUAGUAACGAAUCUAGCGGAAAUACUUGCUAGUCUUAUAACAAUGUACAAUUCAGUCAUGAAUGAUAUACGAAAACAUGAAAUUGAAACUAAUGAAGAUAAAUUAAUUAUAAGUCGUUUAACUGAUUUUAUUAGUUAUAUGGCUAAUAUUGCUAUACUUGAUCGGAUAGCAGCAUUCUUUCGUUCAGCCAGAGCAAUUGUAAAUACAACAAAAUCACGUAUACCUGAUAUGAUUACUCAUUUACUUAAUCUUUUACAACAAAUGAUUUAUUUUUCUCGACCAAAAAUAUAUCUACCACCAUUUGGUCAAUCAUCAAAAAAAUCUGUGAAUGAUCCAGCUCAAGUAUUGAGUAUAAUGAAAACAACAAAUUUCUGUGAAAUUUUUUCUUUACUCUAUGGUAUUCUUAUUCAUGACACUGACAAUAAUAAUAAUAAUAAUAAUAAUAACCAAACAAUGCAUGAUAAUAAUAGUCCAAUAACUUUACAUGAAAAAACACUUAUCAUUCUGAAUAAUUCGUUAAUUUUAUUAAAUACAAUUGCAAUACUUGAUCUUGAUAUAUUUCAAACUAUUCUCGGUGAAGAAACAAUUUCACUUCAACUUCGUCAUGUUGCUAAUUAUAUUCUUGCAUAUUGUCAUAAUCAACAAACAACAAUGAAUGAUACAUUAUUACAUCAAAUUAUUCUUCUUAUUGGUUAUUAUUCAGUUUUAAAUCAAGAUAAUCAAUGUCGAUUGGCUUUUGGUAAUCGACCAACUGUAUUACAACAAUUAUCAUGUUUACCAUUUCGUUAUUUUGUUGAAUCAAAAUAUAUGGAUAUACUUUUUCCAACAUUAAUUGCUUGUUCAUAUGAUUGUGAAGCAACACGAACAAUUCUUCAAACGGAAAUGUCACUGGAUCUUAUUGUCAAUUUUAUUCAAAUAAAAUUAACUGAAACAAAAAUGACGAAUGAAGAUACAUUUGCCUUUUAUAUGAGAUUUCCACGUGAUGAAUGGAAUAAUGCAUUGAAAUAUUAUCGACCAAUAUCAAAAUUAACUACAAAUCAAAUCGAAUCUCAUGAUGAUGAAGAAAAAGAAAAUAUUGAAAUUAAAUCUUAA